AUGCCAACACCAUCCCAUCUGCAAAACAAAGUGAAAAAGCCAAAAAAGCCUUACAAUGCAAUACCAAAUGGAAAACAUAUGAGUGCCAAAAAAGCUGCGAGUUAUUUACACUCUGUCAAUCAAUCGCAGAAUCAUCCUAACUCAAUCAACUCUAUUUCAUCCAGCGCUUCAAAGACACAAAAUAAUACAGAACCAAAUUGGAAUCCAAAACAUUUUAGAUUAUUUGUAGGCAAUUUGGGUCCUGAUGCAACCAACGAAUUGUUGAGAAAUGCAUUUAGUAAGUAUCAAUCACUAUCAAAUGUAUACAUCCCAAUAGAUAAACAUUCAAGAAAACCAAAAGGAUUUGGAUUUGUUGCAUUUGAAAACUCUGAGGAUUAUUUACAUGCUUUUCAAGACAUGAACAAUAAAUACAUUGGCCAGUACCCUGUUCAAUUAAAAAGAGCAGAAUCGUCAAUUCCUAAGAAGCAUAAAAAGAAGUAUUGA